GCUUUUUACAAGAUAAACUUCCUUCCAGACACCCCCAGGGAAAUAUUAAAACACCCAUUAAGUGUUAUUUAAGAAAGAGAAGUUAUCCAGACCAAGUUUUGCAAGCUUUACUGCUUUUUGUUCUUUUUACAACUGGGGGUGGGUGGGGAUUAUUUUCUGUUCUGCAGUUUAGCUGAGACAAACAUGGAAUGUUUGUAUGGUUACAAUAAUCUGUUACAUUUUAUACCUGGAUGACAGUUGGCAAAAUAUCAGAUCUUUCUCGCACUUUGCAUAUAUAAGACUCUUCCCUUGUCAUAACAUGCCUCCCUCUGCUUUGUAGAGUGUGCGUUAUUUGGUAGUACAUAGACGUGCCUGUGUGAAGUGGCCUCUAUGGCCUUAUUGCUCAGUUGUCAGAGAGGGAGGCUUCCCCAGCACAAAAGACCAAUCUCUCUGCUCUCCACAGUGGAUUAGUUGAGAAUAACUCUCCAGACUCUUGCGGGCUGUUUCAGAAGAAACUUCCUACGAGGAGUAUAAUUUUCUCCUUUAAAUGGAUGAAUGUGUUACCAUCAAGAAAAAGCAUCUACAAAAACCCAUAUUUAGAUUAAGAUGCCUUGUGAAACAAAUAGAGAAAGGUGAGAUUAAUGUGACCGACUUAAAGAAAAAUAUCGAAUAUGCAGCCUCUGUGUUGGAAGCAGUUUACAUUGAUGAGACAAGACGGCUCUUGGACACUGAGGAUGAACUCAGCGAUAUCCAAUCAGAUUCCGUUCCAUCAGAAGUCCGGGACUGGUUGGCAUCCACCUUCACGAGGAAGAUGGGGGUGAUGAGAAAAAGGCCAGCAGAAAAGCCCAGAUUUCGCAGCAUUGUUCAUGCUGUUCAAGCCGGCAUUUUUGUCGAGAGGAUGUACCGAAGAACAUCAAACAUGACUGGACUGACUUAUCCAUCAGCAGUGAUAUCUGCUUUAAAGAAUGUUGAUAAAUGGUCAUUUAAUGUAUUCGCCCUCAAUGAAGCCAGUGGGGACCAUGCUCUGAAGUUCAUGGUGCACGAGUUGUUCACCCGAUAUGAUCUUAUCAAUCGUUUCAGGAUACCUGUAUCUUCUCUAAUGACUUUUGUCGAAGCCUUAGAGUUGGGUUACAGCAAGCACAAGAAUCCUUACCACAACUUAAUCCAUGCAGCAGAUGUGGCCCAAACAGUGCAUUACCUAAUGCUCCAUACUGGCAUUAUGCACUGGUUUACAGAACUGGAAAUUCUAGCCAUGCUUUUUGCAGCUGCCAUUCAUGACUAUGAGCAUACAGGAACCACAAAUAACUUUCACAUUCAAACCAGAUCAGGCGUGGCAAUUUUAUACAAUGACCGUUCUGUUCUUGAAAACUAUCAUGUGAGUGCUGCCUACCGAUUAAUGCAAGAUGAAGAAAUGAAUAUUAUGUGCAAUUUAUCGAAAGAUGACUGGCGGGACCUGCGUUCAUUGGUGAUAGAGAUGGUUUUAUCGACCGACAUGUCUUGUCAUUUUCAACAAAUCAAGACCAUGAAAAAUGCUUUACAGCAGCCUGAAGGGGCCGACAAAGCUAAAGUCAUGUCCUUAAUGCUGCAUGCAGCAGAUAUAAGUCAUCCUGCAAAAACCUGGCAACAGCACUACCGCUGGACAAUGACAUUGAUGGAAGAAUUCUUUAGACAGGGUGAUAGUGAGGCUGAUUUAGGAUUGCCAUUUUCCCCACUCUGUGAUCGAAAAUCCACAAUGGUGGCACAGUCUCAGAUCGGUUUUAUUGAUUUUAUUGUGGAGCCGACCUUCUCUGUUCUGACAGAUGUAGCAGAAAAAAUAAUAGCUCCUCUUAUAGAGGAAGCUUCUCAAUCCGAGACCUCUGAUUAUCGACAACAAAGUCUUACCAAUAUUGGAGUGGGAGCCACUACGGAUUCAACCAAAAGACACAGUGUAAGGAGUGUACCAUCAGAUGGAGGUUGUUCCACAGAGUAUUCCAUUUCUACUGUCGACCUAAAAUGUUUUAAGUUGAACUGGAUGGACAUCAUUCAGCAAAACAAAGAAAAAUGGAAAGAACUGGCAAUUCAAGCCACAGAAGAGAAAAUAAGGCGAGCUACAGAAGGAAACAAGAGUGAUGAUGAUAGUAUUAAGGAGCCUCUUGUAACAAUGGGUGAUAACAUUAUCAAAGGACAUGAUGAACAGUUCUUGGGAAAAAACAUUUCUCCAUCUAAGGUACCUGUCAACCAGCAUUCAACAGAUCGGCCAGCUGCCAGUAGUCCUUCUCUGCAAAAACAUCUUCACACUGUCAGCUCUGAUUCCGCUAUUUGGGAAAAUGAUUCUAAUCGAGCAGAGACUCUUAUUCAACAGAGAACACCAUGGAAUGGUAACUCUCAUUCACUGAUUAGGUAGUCAUAUUUUAGGAAAAAUACAUCAGUUAUACUUCAGAGGAGAAUUAGAGAUGGCUGUAUUUUCAGUGACAGGGAUCAGUAUCUUCUCGUUGGUCCCUGACAUUCAGUACUUAACAAGAGCAAAGAUAAAAGUGAUAGGAGCAAAAACAGGCAUUGCUGGAAAAACUCAGCAGAUCUGGCAGCAU